AUGUCGUCCCAAAAGUCAAAAACGGCCAAGGAACCAGAUCAGAUCGUAAAUCUAUCGGCAUCUGAGCCAUCUUCUCAACGAUCGUCGAGUAGGAGGAGUCAGGUAUACGACAUGACCAAUAUCGGCCUUGAUGUAGUGGCGAAUAUAUCCGAAGCGUCGGAUAUACUUGCACCUCUCAAAGCAGCCUGUCGCACAACAAAAUCGAUUCUCGAGGUCAGACAGGCGGUUGACGAUAACCGAGAAGAAUGGACUAAUCUAAUGCGGCGCCUGCAAGAUUAUAUGUCCAACAUUGAAGGCCAAAUCGUCUUAUUCGAGGCUUAUCCGCCGGAGAAUAGAGCUGUCGAUGAGGCAUUCGCCCGACCACUCGUUCAUUACGUCGAGCUCCUCGAGGACAUUCUUAGCACUGUCAGUGUUCAAACCGAGAAACGAGGCCGUGUAUUCUCUUCCUUGUUUAGGGAUAUACGGAAAGUCAAGGUCGAUGUAGAAGUCAUAUUUAAGCUCAACCGGGAUAUCGAGGAUGGUCACAGGCAGUUCAUGGAGUCGCUAAGUCUUUUCACCGCAUACCGUGCUCAAGCCAUCGAAACCAAUACCAAGAUAAUCAAUUCAAAUAUCGAAACAAUACAAACAGACUUUGACGCUUCCACCAUUCUCCAGCUGCCAAUGGUGACAUUCGUCGCGUCCUCCGUCCAUACACCAUGUAUGGAAGGAACACGCAAGGAAGUCUUUGAGACGAUUCGACGGUGGGCCGAUGAUGAUAAGCGGAUUAAACCCAUCUUCUGGCUCUGUGAUAUAGCAGGAUCUGGCAAGUCCACAGUCGCAAUUUCCGUACUAGAAACUUGGCGGAAGGAGCGGCGGCUCGGUGGCCAGUUUUUUUUUUCCAUAUCAAGCAGCGAGGCGUCGACCACCGACAGGUUCUGCUCGACGGUUGCCCGAGAGCUGGCACAUCACAUUCCGGAGCUCGCUCCGCAUAUAGCUAUGGCCGUAAAGCUAAAUCCUGCCAUCAUGCGGAGCUCACUCGAUGAGCAGUUUCGGAUACUCAUCACAGCCCCACUUCAUCACUGGCGGAAGUGCGUGAUUCUAGUCGUAGACGCAAUCGAUGAAUGCAAAUCCGGAUCACAACGAAAAGAGCUCAUCGACAUACUUUCUGUCGCUGCUCGGGAGAGCGAGAACCUCAGGCUCUUCAUCACAAGUCGACCAGAUCCUAUCAUUGAAUCAGCUUUGCACUCCCUCUCGAUUAAAACAAAGUUGGAAGAUCGCCUGCACAGCGUCAAUCAUCAAGACAAUAUUGAUGAUAUUGCUCUUUAUGUACAUCGCUCGCUCCAUGGAGUCUUACCAGAAGAAAAGAGGCAACGAAUCGUGGAAAAGGCUAACGGACUGUUUAUAUGGGCAAGCACCGCAUGCCGAAUGCUUGAUAGCGAAACCAACUUCAGCACUCCUGAGAGUGUAUAUGAUCGCCUUAUCUGCAUAUAUCCAACUGGAGUCAUAGACGGCCUGUACGACCUCGUCUUCGAGCGCAUAGACGCGGAAUUCUACCCAGUCAUAUGCGAAAUGCUCACGUUACUGCUCGCUGCAUUUGAACCGCUUACAGUCGAUGACUUGGACGAUAUCCUAAGACAAGUUGGAGCCUCCGGGAGUGCCAGGGCAUUAGUACGUAAUCUGGGAAGUGUGCUCGUUCAGGACAGGAAUACACAACAGAUUGAAUUUCGGCAUCCCACCUUUGUCGAGUACCUUCGACGGUGCAGUAUUGCUGCUACGGUCGAGAAGCGAAGACAAUUGUACCUCAAUACUACCAAUGCACAUGGUCAAGUUGCGCUGUGGUGUGUCAAGCGCCUAAAGUCGCGCACAGAGGGUCUCAAGUUCAACAUAUGUGAUAUAAAGUCGUCAUUUCACCUCAAUAGGGAGAUACCAGAUCUCGAGGCCAGGAUAUCGAAGUUGAUUCCCAAAAGACUCCGAUAUGCCAGCCAUCAUUGGCUGUUCCAUAUGGCCCAAACAGAUGACGAAUGGAGACAUAAACUCAAGAACGAGUUGAUUUAUAUCAUAAGAAGCCCACAUGUGCUGUACUGGAUAGAGAUUUUAAGUCUCACCCGCGGAUUCUCACGAGCGACAGUCGGUCUCCGGGAUCUUAUGUACUGUAAAGCGCUCGGGGAAUGUACGAGAAGUCGUAUUGUAGAGAUACGACGGUUUAUGAUGGCAUUUUCAGUACCCAUCCAAGACAGCACCCCACAUAUUUACCUUUCAGCUCUUCCUUUCGCUCCCACAGCAUCACAUCUCUGCAUAGAGAAUGCAAAGAGUUACCCUAACACCCUUGCUGUUACACACGGUCUCGAGGAAACUUACCAUGGACUUCCGGAAGCUUUACAAGGCCACGAAGGUCCAGUGACGACAGUAUCAUUCUCACCAGGCGGGUUGCAAAUUGCCUCUGGCUCGCAAGACAAGACAAUCCGACUGUGGGAUGCAGAUACUGGCCAACCUUUGGGUCCACCACUCCAAGGCCACUCAAAAGGAGUGAAUACCAUUGCGUUUUCACCAGAUGGUACUAAAAUUGCAUCUGGUUCUUUCGACGCCACAAUCCGCUUGUGGGACGUAGAUAGUGGUCAAACACUGGGAGUUCCGCUCGAGGGGCACCAAGGACCUGUCUACUCUAUAUCUUUCUCCCCAGAUGGCUCGCAGAUUGCGUCUGGCUCGUGGGAUGGAACAAUUCGACAGUGGGAUGUGGAUAAUGGUCAGCCACUGGGUGAACCAUUAGAAGGCCAUGAAGAUUCGGUCUGUGCAAUCGCAUUCUCUCCAGAUGGGUCGCAGAUUAUCUCAGGCUCGUUGGACUGCAAAAUUCGGUUGUGGGACACUGGCACUCGCCAGCUACUGGGAGAGCCAUUAGAGGGCCACGAAGACUCGGUUGACGCUGUAACCCUCUCUCCAGAUGGUUCAAGGAUUGUCUCCGGCUCGGCAGAUAGCACUGUUCGAUUAUGGGACGCUGAAAAUGGCCAGCCAAUAGGAGAACUCCAAGGCCACGAGGGUGAAGUGCAUACUGUGGCAUUUUCACCAGAUGGCUCAUAUAUUGUCUCUGGCUCGGAAGAUAAGACGAUUAGACUGUGGGAUGUAAUCAGCGGUCAGCAGUUGGGAAACCCACUCCACGGGCAUGAAGGUUCGGUCCAAGCCGUCGUAUUUUCACCAGACGGUACACGAAUUGUCUCGGGUUCAUGGGAUAGGAAGGUUCGCCUGUGGGACGCGAAGACUGGCAAGCCACUCGGGGAGCCACUGCGAGGCCAUGAACACGAUGUAUAUGGCGUUGCCUUAUCAUCUGAUGGCUCACGGAUCGCCUCUUGCUCGUCCGACAGCACGAUUAGAAUAUGGGAUAUAAGAACUGGCCAAUCACUUGGGAGUCCAUUUCAAGGGCAUCAAGGACCGGUCUACGCCGUGGAUUUUUCUCCAGACGGGACUCGACUUGUUUCUAGCUCAGCAGACGAGACGGUUCGUCUCUGGGAUGUAUUCACCGGUCAACCGCAUGGAGAGCCGCUUCAAGGUCAUGAGAGCUUUGUGUACACCGUCGCAUUCUCACCAGACGGCUCACGGAUUGCCUCUGGCUCGGAGGAUGGCACAAUCUGUCUAUGGGAAGCAAAUGCGCGUCGAUUACUGAGAGAGCCACUGCGAGGUCACCAAGGCUGGGUCUGCACGGUCGCAUUCUCACCAGAUGGCUCACAAAUCGCCUCCGGCUCCACUGAUAAUACAGUUUGGAUAUGGAAUGUAGAGACCGGUCAGCCAUUAGGAACACCAUUUAGAGGUCACAACCACUCAGUCACAGCUGUCGCCUGGUCUCCAGAUGGCUUACAAAUCGCCUCGAGCUCGUCGGGGGAUACCAUAAGGUUGUGGGAUGUGACCAGUGGUCAGCUGCUGCGAGAGCCACUCCGAGGGCAUGGGCACUUUGUGAACACCGUUGCCUUCUCGCCGGACGGCUUUCGAAUUGCCUCUGGCUCAUCUGACCACACGAUCCGGUUGUGGGACAUAGAAACGGGUCAGACUCUAGGAGAGCCACUUCGAGGUCACACUGGGCCAGUGCGUAGUGUUAUAUUCACCAAAGAUGGCUCGAAAAUUAUAUCCGGUUCAUCAGACGGUACCAUUUGCCUGUGGGAUCCAGACACUGUCUAUUCAGACGCCUCUCGAUCCCUCUGUCACUCAAAUGAUGAUUCGGGUCAAUCUUGGGACUUAGUAUCCAAUAUUUCUCGAAGUCAAGUCAAGACGACAGAGGAUUCACAUGCUGGCGACUUGAAGUCCAACACGAGCCCUUUAGAUAUCGCUCUGCCAUUUUCCGUGCCCGGAUUCGAACAAUGUGUCCUUUCACGUGAUGGAUGGGUUCGAUCGAAUGGGAAGGUUCUCUUCUGGGUGCCGCCCGAGAACCGCCAUGGGCUUCAAUAUCCGCACCGUCUGACGCUGCCAACAAACAGUCCUCUACGUGCGACCAGGCUUGACUUUACCACUUUCAAAUGUGGAUCAUCCUGGACAAACGUUCGAAAUCUGCAGACCAAGGAGUCGCUGUAA